GCAGCGGCGGGGACGACAGCAUGGGCGGUCCGCGGGCCUGGACACUGCUCUGCCUCGGGCUCCUGCUCCCGGGAGGCGGCGCCGCGUGGAGCGUCCCGGGCGCCCGGUUCUCGGUUCGCAGGAACUGGUGCUCCUACGUGGUGACCCGCACUGUCUCGUGCCAUGUGCAGAAUGGCACCUACCUCCAGCGAGUGCUGCAGAACUGCCCGUGGCCCAUGGGCUGCCCUGGGAGCAGCUACAGGACGGUGGUGAGGCCCACAUACAAAGUGAUAUACAAGACAGUGACCACCCGCGAAUGGAGGUGCUGCCCUGGACAUUCGGGGGUGACCUGUGAGGAAGGCUCCCCUGGCUUCCUGGAGCCUACGUGGUCAGGCAGCAGCAUGCGACGGAUGGCAAUGCGGCCCACAGCGUUCUCAGGUUGUCUCAACUGCAGCAAAGUUUCUGAGCUGACCGAGAGACUGAAGGUGCUGGAGGCCAAGGUAGCUGUUCUGAGUGUCACAGAGCGGACUGUGUCCUCAAUCCCAGCUACCCCUAAGGACUCUGCCCUGAUUUGGGGUUCCCCAGCUGCCCAGGGCAGUCCUGGAGAUGGAGACCUGCAGGACAGAGUUGAUCCUUGGGAGCUGCCUGGGCCCAAGGGAGACACUGACAGUCAGGACCCAAUGAGGAUGAGAGGCCCACCAGGUCCACAGGGACCCCCAGGGCGUCCUGGCCAGACAGGAGCUGCAGGCAUCCCUGGAGAGAUGGGCCCUCCAGGACCUCCUGGACCUCCUGGGCCCCCAGGCCCCCCAGCCCCUGUUGGACCACCCCACGCCCAUAUCUCCCUGAAUGGAGAUCCAUUACUGUCUAACACCUUCACUGAGACCGGCAGCCACUGGCCCCAAGGACCCACUGGAUCCCCAGGCCCUCCAGGCCCCCCAGGGCCCAUGGGUCCUCCCGGACUUCCUGGCCCCACGGGUGCCCCUGGGAGUCCUGGACACAUGGGAACCCCGGGCUCUUCUGGACCCAAAGGACCCUCUGGCCACCCAGGAGAGAAAGGCGAGAAAGGACUGCCUGGGGAACCUGGCCCCCAAGGGUUAAUGGGAUUGCCGGGAGAACCUGGCCCCAAAGGAGACCCUGGUGAGAAGAGUCACUGGGCUCCUAGCUUACAGAGCUUCCGGCAGCAGCAGGCCCAGCUGGAGCUCCUGGCCAGACGGGUCACCCUGCUGGAAGCCAUCAUCUGGCCAGAACCAGAGCUGGGAUCCGGGGUAGGCCCUGAUGGCACGGGUACCCCCAGCCUCCUUCGAGGCAAGAGGGGAGGACACCCAACCAACUACCAGAUCGUGACCCCCAGGAGACACGACAGGAGGAGCUGAGGAUGGUGGUGGCUCUUCAGGGUUCCACACCAGGCUUCCUCCCCUAGCCUGGACUUGGCCAGCUGCCUCCAGAGACCGCCAGUUCCUAUUUAUUAAUAUCCUCAGGGACCCCUGUGCCAUCUUGGCCAUAGGGAUAGGCAGGCAGGUCUCAGUGAUGUCAGCCUGUACAUGACAGACGAAGCAGGGACUGGGCCCUGAGAGGAAGUCUACUCAAGACGUCAGACCUAUUUCCCUCUGUGGAAUAGGGUGAAAAGAGGAAUGGGUGGAGGUACAAGGCUUCCAGUCUUCUAAAGUAGGGACCUGAGACUCUGCCUGGCUCUGUAGACAUGCAUGGAUGGAGGCAGAAGUCUCUGUUCCCCUCCUUAAGACCUUGGGGAGCCCUGUUUUCUGGUGCUGAGUUCCUACCUGAGUCCAGGCUGCUUAAUCCCUGACUGAAUGGUUGGUGCUCCUGAAAUCAGUUCUACCCAUCCCCACUCCCCAGUGUUCCAUGUGGGGAUGGGAUGUAUAGAAAGGACUCCCACUCCAAGCAUCUGCUGCAGAUGCCAUGGAUUGCUAUGUACUGGACAAUAAACGCCCC